CAAUUAAUUAUUUUUUAUUAUUCUCAUCAUUUCCAGAGGAUGACCGCUACCAUCAGCCUCUUCCCAGAGAAGCACUUUUUGUGUUCUUUGUGCAGGGACAUCUUCUCCAACCCAGUGACCAUACCAUGUGGUCACAGCUUCUGCUUGUCCUGCGUCUCCAACUACUGGACACGGAAACAGUCCAAGUACUGCCCUGACUGUAGGAGAGUGUUCCCCGACAAGCCCGACCUCAGUGUCAACCACAUUCUGGCAGAUGUUGCUGACGACUACAAGAAAAUUCGACCUCAGAAACCACCUGAAACAGACAUGGUUAAAGAUGUUGCACAAAUGAUUCAGGAAAGGCAGCAGAAGAUAGAAAGGCUAAAAAACUCUCUUGAGAUUCAAAAGAGUUCUUACCUCCGCGAAGCGCGGGAGAGCCAGAAGGUCUUCUCUGAGCUCGUAAAUGCGAUGGAGAAGAAUCAUAAAGCAGUUGUGGCUGCGAUUGAAGAAAAACAGAAAGAGGAGGAGAAGAGAGUGGAAACUCUAGUGAGAGAGCUCAAACAGGAAAUCCAGGAGCUGAGCAAGGACAUCAUUGAACACGAGCCUUCUGCUGAUCAAUGGGAUGGCAUGAAGCAAAUCGUCCUUCCUCAUGAGAUGAAGGACUGGUCCAGGGUCACCAUAGAAACGGACCCUUGUGUUGGGAUCACUAGAAGAGCAUUGUCAGACAUACUGGAGAAAAUAAAGAUGGACGUUAACAGACUCUCCAAAGCUGAACUCAAGAGACUUCAGAAACACAGAGUUGACAUUAACCUGAGUGCCAAGACAGCCCACCCCUUCCUCUCCGUCUCAGAUGACAGGAAACAAGUGAGGCACACCGAUAAGCUUCAGGAGGUACCAGAGAAUCCCAAGCGCUUUGACCGUGUGGCCAACGUGCUGGCCAAGGAAGGCCUCACCAGUGGGAGGUACUACUGGGACGUGGACGUCGGGGAAAAGAUUGAAUGGAACCUGGGUGUUGCCAGACAGUCCAUAAACAGGAAGGGAAAGUUUACUGUGUGUCCCGCGAACGGCUUCUGGACUUUAAGCCUCAAGGCUGGAGGCCAGUACCUGGCCAACACCUCUCCCGUCACCUCGGUGGCUCUGGAGCACCGACCCAAGAGGGUCGGGGUGUUUUUGGAUUACCCAGAAGGCCGUGUGUCCUUCUACUGCGCAGAAUCUGGAGUCCACAUUCACACCUUCACAGACAAGUUCACGGAUAGGCUUUACCCGCUCUUCAGUCCCGGGCGUCUGCAUGGUGGCAGAAAUGCAGCUCCCCUAAGCAUCUCUUCUAGUUUUUGUAGCAUCUAAG